UUUCUGAUUUCAGAUUGCAGACAUUUUUUCUUUUCCGAGAUCCCCUUAGAUUGUCCUCUUUUUAUUCGGAAAACACGCUUUUCUCACGUUAAUUCCACGGAAACUUGCAUUUGUCGGGUUGGGAGACCUCACUGAUCCGCAGUUGACUGUGCGCAUCUGCACAGCCCGUGUACUUGCACUGACGGUGAGUCGGUGACUGGCAGCAGUGAAAGCCGUUUGGAACUUUGGCCUGUCGAUUCCCAUCCUGUGGUUUCUGACAUUUUGCGGUGGUUCGGGUUGGAACUGGAAGGACGGGAAGAAAGAAGAUAACGCAGCCGAGUUAUGGGCGCUGGAGGGUGAUGGAAUCAUAGACUGAUCGAGCCUGCAACCAACCAAGCUACAACGUCUUCACUCCAACUCCCAGUGCGGAUGAUCUUGUGAGUUGUCGAUCAUUGUCGGAGCCAUGACGGAGCACAUGAACGGGAAGGCCAACGGGCACCCGCCCCCAGGGGAGCGCUUCAUGAGCGAGGAUUUUGACCCCGAGGAUCCCGAGUACGUGCGGCAGCUGCAGCGGCCGGCGGACGUGGCGGAGGAUUUGGAAGAGAUGAAGCGGCGCGAGCGCGUCACGGCGGUGCUCAAGUCGGCGGCCUUCCGCGACGAGCUGGAGGCCAUCAUCCAGGACGCCCUCAACACCGGCUGCAACCCCACGUCGCUGCUGGCGCUGCAGCAGAUCUCCGAGCUGGUCCUGCCGCAGAACCGGUUCAACCAGGCCGGUCUCCUCAACAGUGCGCGCGCCCCGAGAGGUGCCGCUAUCAUUCCGAUCGCCGACAUCCGGGGCGUGGACUCGCUCAACUACACCAAGGGAGAGAAGCUGCUCCGCUGCAAGCUGGCCGCCCUCUACCGGCUCAUCGACCUCCUGGGCUGGUCCGAGGGCAUCUACAAUCACGUCACGGUGCGAGUGAGCCAGGAGCACGACCACUUCCUGAUCAACCCCUUCGGCAUGCUGUACAGCGAGGUGACGGCCUCCUCGCUGGUGAAGGUGCACCUCAACGGCGACAUUGUCGACAACGGCAGCACCACGCUGGGGAUUAAUUUAGCCGGCUACCUGCUGCACUCGGCCAUCCACGGCGCGCGGCCGGAUCUCAAGUGCGUCAUCCACUUCCACACGCCCGUCUGCGCCGCGGUGUCGAGCAUGAAGUGCGGACUGCUGCCGAUCAGCCAGGAGGCGGCCAUCGUCGGCGAGGUGAGCUACCACGACUACGGCGGCAUCCUGGUGGACGAGCGCGAACGCGAUUUGAUCAUCCGCAACCUGGGCCCGUUCAACAAAGUGAUGAUCCUGCGCAACCACGGGGUGGUGGCGUGCGGCCAGAGCAUCGAGGAGGCGCUCUUCUACGCCUACAAACUGCACGUCGCGUGUGAGACCCAGGUGAAAGCCAUGGCCAGCGGCAUCGACAACCUGACGAUGAUGAGCGAGGAGGCGCGGAAGCAGGCGCACCAGAUCGCCAGCCGGGGCGGCGCCGGCGUCGACUCGGCGUCGCGCGGCGAGGGCCGGCGGCAGUGGAAGAUCGGGGAGCUGGAGUUCGAGGCCUGGAUGCGCUGGCUCGACGGAAUGGGCUACAAGACGGGGUAUGUGUACCGCAGUCCGCUGGUGCGCGCCGACCAGUCGGGGAAGCCGCGCGCCAACCAGGACGUGGAGGUGCCGCCGACGGCCAGCUCCUUCGCCUACGGCUUCGACGACGACAAAUUCGGGGCGUUGCUGAAGGAGCUGAUGAUCGAGCGGAAGAAGGCCGGCGACAAGGUGCGCUGGCUGAACACGCCCAACGCCUACCAGAAGGUGGAGAUCCUCGAGACCGGCACCAACGAGCCCAAGAAGAUCACCAAGUGGGUGUCGGACCCGACGAGUCCGUCGCCGGGCGGCACGCCGAUCCGCGUGGGCAACCUGCAGUUCUCGCCGGCCGGCACGAGCGCCAAGGAGUUCAAGCAGAAGCAGCAGCAGAUGAAGGAGCGCCGCAACCAGGGCAUCAUCUCCAGCGGACCCGAGUCCCGCGUGCUGGAGGGACUCACCUGGGAUGAAGCCGAGAAAAUGCCCGACGCGCUGGUGAGCGGGCAGGGCGACCGGCUGAUCACGGUGGGCGCCGUGUCCAAGGGCAUCAUCCGGCGCGACCAGCAGCACAACGUGGGCGCCUACAAGAGCCAGUACCAGCGCAACCCCUUCGACUCGGCCACGCCCGAGGAGGUGGACGCCUACCUGCUGGAGGUGGAGCAGAAGAAGCGCACUGGCCACCCCGACGACGGCUACGAGGUGCGCCUCAGCACGCCGCACGCCCAGGGCGGCCAACAGCAGCAGCAGCCGCGCGCACAUUCCCCGCGGGCGGACGCCCACAGCGCCUCCGGCCCCGUCAUCCCGCCGGCCGGCCACGGAACCCACGGCGGCCCCACCGGACGCCCGCGCACGCCGCCGGCGCCGCGCAGCGAAGUGACGCCCAACUCCGCCUUCACCCGCUCCAAGUCGGACCGCUUCGGCAAAGUGGACCGCGCGGGGACGUACCCCUUCCGGAAGGCGCCCCCGGGGUUGCGCACGGACUCCCCGGGCAACGGUGAGCGCGGGCACGAGAGCGCCGACGAGGACUUGACCGGCAGCGAGCCGCAGUCGCCGGCCUCGCAGCGAGGGAUGAAGAAGUCGGACACGCUGGACUCGGGUGAGCUGGAGGGCGGGAAGAAGAAGAAGAAGAAGGGCUUCCGCAUCCCCUCCUUCUCCUUGGGGCGGAAGAAGUCCCGCGACAGCACCUCCAGCAGCCCCCACGUCAACCACAACCCCACCGAGUCCGAAUUGUGAAUUCCGUGACGGACAGCGUUUGAUUCAAAGACGGAUGACUGCCGCGCCGACUGAUUGAGUGAAUUCAACGGUCGUUUGGUUCCUCUGCUUCCCUCUUGUCACUGGCGUCGAUGCGAUGCCAUUCGAUUGACUUUAUCCCAGGCAUUAAGAAAAUAGAAUAAUUCACUAAUGGGCAAUUAAUACGGACUGACAGAUAGAUGCUACAUUUUGUUUUCUUUUUCUAUGGAUUUACACUAAUUAAUGUUUGAUUUUGUGGGCGGGAUUUACACUGCGUUCAAGGGAAAUUGCUGGUUGUGCUUUUGCUGGUUGGUUGUUGUUUUGCUGUGUGCGUCAGUUCGGUUGGCUGUUUUACCGAGUAUCUUUUGAUUGUUGCGCGCUAAGUUACGGAUCGGAUAGAUGGGCAUUUGUUUCCGCUGAUUCUGUCGGCGCUAUAAUUACGUACGAAUAAACAUCGCGCUUGAAGCGCAAAUUCCUG